AUGGUCCGCUCCUCCACCAUUGUUCUCACCCUCACUCUUGCUGCAACGGCGUUCGCCGCCCCUUUGUCUUUGGAGCGCCGAGCUGCUCCAAUGGAGGAGCAUGAGCAUGCAAUGCGAAGCGAAAUGGACGAUGCUUCCCUCGAAAAGCGGUUCAUGGACUUUAUUAAAAGCCAUCCAUUUAUAACCGGUGCGGUUGGUGUCGCCAUCGGGGCUCACGUCAUCAAGAAAUUUAUGCCCAACAAGGGGCAGCCCGCGAAGGCUCAGAACGACCAGUCCGAGAACGAGCAAAAUAUUUACCCGAGGCGUGACUUGCAAGAUGACGACGAAUACCUCCUCGAGAUGAGGGACAUGGAAGACAACACGCCCUGGGUCGUACUACGCGAUGCCAACAUGGAAUACGUGGCAUCGACGUUAGAGAAGCGCGGGUCGUUAUCUGACAUGGAAUAG